AUGUCUUCCAAGAAAGCAAGUGCAGGCUCUGCCCGAAGACCAACCGUCAAAUCGAAUGCUCAAACACCUCGGAUCAAAGUGAAUCCUCAUGCGUUUAUGGAGUUUGAGGUGAGUAAUGGUGUUGUGGAGGAGGAUGGAAAAUUGAGUGGGGAAGAGAAGUUCCUCGGAAGAGUCGUGUUUGAGCUGUAUGAAGAGAAACUUCCAAAGACGGUUCAGAAUUUUAAAAGUUUGUGUUUGGGUGAUAAGGGAAAAACAAAACCUGUCAAGGAAUUGAAUAAUGCUAUUGUCAAUUUACAUUAUAAAGGGACGAACAUUCACCGAAUCGUGAAAGGAUUCGUCAUACAGGGAGGUGACGUUGUCUCGAACAGCGGACAGUCUGGCCACGCUGUCACUUCCCGAACGUUUGAAGAUGAAUCCUUUGAGUACAAGCAUGAGCCCUUUUCCUUAACAUGUCCAAAUUUUGGUUCUCCCAACACAAAUACUUCACAAUUUGCCAUUACGUUAUGCAAAGCUCCUUGGCUUGAUGAUCACUAUGUUGUUUUUGGCAGAGUAAGGAACGGAUUUGACGUACUAAAGAAAAUAGAAAGCUUUGGAAGUGACAUUGGGAAAGUAACACGGCAAGUCGUUAUCUCAAAUUGCGGUCAUUUAACAGAGGAAGAAGCAAUAAGCUUGGAAUCCUCAGUAAUUCCUUCACACCAACUUCAAUAA